AUGUCAAUUGAAGCUGUGUGUGGUGUUCUAACUCAUGUUGAUGGAUCUUCCCAAGUGGAAUGGAAUGAUACUAAAGUGUUAUGUUCCGUCACAGGCCCUAUUGAACCCAAAGCUAGACAAGAAUUGCCAUCGCAACUGGCAUUAGAAGUGAUAAUACGCCCGGCUAAAGGUGUUUCUUCUACUAGGGAAAAAUUAAUGGAGGACAAACUUCGUUCAGUUUUAACUCCAAUAAUAACACUAUACCAAUAUCCAAGACAAUUAUGUCAAAUCACUUGCCAAAUCUUAGAAAGUGGUGAGAGUGAAUAUGAAUUCUCAGAAAAAGAAUUAAGUUGUUGCAUUAAUGCAGCGUUCUUAGCAUUGAUAGAUGCAGGGAUUGCUCUAAAGUCAACUGUGAGCAGUAUAUCGUUAGUAAUAAGUCAAAACAAUGAAGUAAUAGUAAAUCCAACAGGGGCACAAUUGUUGAAUUCUAGAUCUGUGCAUAUUUUAGCUCUUGAGCUAAUCAAAGAGAUGAAUAUCGUUAAUAAUGUUCUUCUACUAGAUAGUAAUGGUGAUUUUAAUGAAAAGGAACUGUUUCAAGUACUAGAAACAGGAGAAAAAAGUUGUCUAGCAUUAGGGCAAGAUUUAAGAAAGGUCAUUCAAAACAAUGUUGAUUCUAACAUCAUUCAAUAA